CGCACAGUAAAUAUUUGUAUUAGCCGGAGCCGGCUCGCUAAUGGUGGACGCGUGAGGCGAAGGAGCGCGCGGCGGCGGGAGGCCGGAGCGGGCAGGCGGCGGAGGCGCCAUGUCCGUGAACAUGGACGAGCUCAAGCACCAGGUCAUGAUCAACCAGUUCGUGCUGACGGCCGGCUGCGCAGCCGACCAGGCGAAGCAGCUGCUGCAGGCGGCCCACUGGCAGUUCGAGGUCGCCGUUUUGCAGACGGUGCUCUCGCGUGUGCACACAUGUGUACAGGUGUUGUGUCGGAGCCCCUCACUACAGCUACGUGCGCAUCUGUGUACCCUGAUCCAGAGGCGUCACCAGGUGCUCUCCUCUGUGCUGGCCGGCGAAUCUACCUGCACAGUGCAUGGCAUGACGGCCCUCAGCGCCUUUUUCCAAGAGACCAACAUCCCCUACAGCCACCAUCACCACCAGAUGAUGUGCACUCCAGCCAACACCCCCGCCACGCCCCCCAACUUCCCCGAUGCCCUCACCAUGUUCUCCCGUCUCAAGGCCUCCGAGAGCUUCCACAGCGGAGGCAGCGGCAGCCCGAUGGCCGCCACGGCCACGUCGCCCCCGCCGCACUUCCCGCUCACCGCCACCGGCAGCUUCGCGGCACCCAGCUGGCCGGCUGCGGCCUCGCCCCCAGGCGGGGCACAGCACCACCAGCCGCAGCAGCUGCCCCUGUGGACUCCGGCACCCCCUUCCCCGGCGUCAGACUGGCCGCCCCUGGUCCCCCAACAGGCCACCUCAGAACCCAGAGCCCACCCUGCCAUGGAGGCCGAGAGAUAAGGGAGGCCCCUCCCCCCUCCCGGAGGCCAGAACCCCGUGGGGCGGGGGAGAGGACGUCUCUGCGGGCCCCCUUCACCCUCCUCUGUCUGCACCCCCAUUCCCCAGAGCCCUGGGGGGGAGAGACCGGACCCUUGUGCCAGUACACAGGCUGCCCGCAUGCGUACCCAGCAGCGCGGGCCUGCGGCACCCAGCUUUCAUGGAUUUGGUUCAGAGUCGUCUGGGUGCUGGUGGACAGAACCUCAGAGAACAAGCAGCCUUCCCCAGAGGACUCACCCGCCCCGCCCCACCCCAGGGGGCUGCGGAGCUCCCUGGGGCCGGUGGGCCUAGAUCCCCACCCUCGGGAAUGCAGAGCCUUCUCCGCAUGUGUGCGUGUCGCUGUGUCUGUGUAUUUAUAUGUAUGUCGCUCUUCGAGAAGCAACCUAGUUUAUGGGGCAGCUGGACUUUGCAUGUUAGAGUGAGCCCCCUCUCCCCUUGUCCACCGUCCCUCUCCCCAGGGCCCUGCCCCUCUCCCCUGCCCCCUGGGCAGUCAGCCUUGCUGUUCCCUGCAGAGAAAAGGAUUGUGGGAAACUCCAGGACUCUUCCCACCCAUCCCCCAGCGCCUGCCUGCUGGGGCUGCCUGCAUGCUUCCCCAGAGCCCGGGGGUACCCCAUCCCCAGUUCCUUUCCCCCUUUUAACAAAGGAGAAGAAAGAGUUCCAAACCA